UUGAAACCAAUCAUGAAUUCAGAGUUGAACAAUUGAAUGGUUCCCAGUGAUUCUGAACAUGAUUCCUCAUCAGUAAUCACUCCCGCUGCUAGUUACACUAAUAGCUUCUGCCAAGUUGCUCCGUCCGAUAAUCAGGGUGUAAUCUUCACCAGCUAAUGAACUGCCAAGUAGGAUUUCAGGUGCAGAUUAAACCUCGACCUGUAGCCCCAACCUUUUCACCACACCUGCUGCACGAACAAGGGGAAAGAGGGGAGAGUCAGUGACUUUAAAGAAAGUGUGUUCAAGACCCUGAUGGGACGAUGAUUUCUAUUUGUCCUGGUUGAUGGAAGAACAAGGAACAAAGAAAAGAAGAAAAUAUAUGUUGGAUGAUACCCAGUUGGAUUUACUUUAUUGCCUUCAAGUCCUCAUUUAACUCACUGCAACAGCAAAAAAGUUCGGAAAAGGUGCAGCCAUGGACAUCGGUGGUUUGGAGACGGUGGUGGCAAACUCUGCUUAUGUCUCGGCCCGUGGUAGCGUGGACGGAGCUGCAGCAGCCGCCAUGCGUGACAAGAAGAUGCGAGCCAGGCUGAAACUCCCACACAUCAGAAAUUGUGAGCACAUGAAGACAACUGUAGACUCGACCUUUGACAGCAUGUGUGUCAAACAGCCCAUUGGCAAGCGCCUGUUCCAACAGUUCCUGGAGAGUGACGCAACCCAUAAGAAUGCUGGGCAGCUGUGGAAAGACAUCGAAGACUACACCAUAUGUCAAGAAAAGGACCGAGUACAGAAGGCCCAAAAAAUCGUCAAUAAGUACUAUGACUCAGCAUCAAAGAAUUUUUGCAGCUUCCUGGAGGAGAAGGCCGUCACUCGAGUGAAGGAAGACUUCAAAAAUGUCCGUGGUGACCUGUUUAAAGAGAGCGAGCAACAACUGCUCAAACACCUGGAGAAGGCCGUAGAUGGCUUCAAGAAGAGCAUGUACUUCCUGCGUUAUGUUCAGUUCAAAUGGUUGGAGAACCAGCCUGUUGAUGAGGAGUGGUUCAUGGACUUCAGGGUCCUGGGUAAAGGAGGUUUCGGGGAAGUGUUUGCUUGCCAGGCUAAAGCAACGGGCAAAAUGUACGCCAAUAAAAAGCUGGAAAAAAAGAGGCUGAAGAAACGUAAAGGCUAUGAGGGAGCAAUUGUGGAGAAGCGCAUCCUCGCAAAAGUUCACAGCCGCUUCAUCGUGUCGCUGGCCUACGCCUUCCAGACCAAGACUGACCUCUGCUUAGUUAUGACCAUCAUGAAUGGUGGAGACCUCAGGUUUCAUAUGUAUAAUGUGGACGAAAAAAACCCUGGUUUUGAUGAGAAGAGAACACGUUUCUAUACAGCUCAGGUCAUCUGUGGGCUGGAGCACCUUCACCAGCACAGGAUCAUCUACAGAGAUCUGAAACCAGAAAAUAUACUGCUGGAUGAUGCAGGACACGUUCGCCUGUCAGAUUUGGGUCUGGCUGUUGAACUUCCACCAGGAAAAGACAAAACUUCUGGAUAUGCAGGAACUCCAGGCUUCAUGGCUCCAGAGCUGCUCCAGAAGAAGCGCUACGACUACACAGUGGACUAUUUUACUCUUGGAGUGACAGUGUAUGAGAUGAUCGCAGCCAAAGGGCCCUUUAGAGUACGAGGAGAGAAGGUUGAGCAUGAAGAGGUAACUCGCAGAAUUUUGAACGAUCCGGCUACAUAUACACCCAAAUUUAGCAAAGAGUGCAAGGAUUUUUGUGAAGGUCUGUUGGAAAAGGACCCAGAGAAACGCCUUGGGUUCAAGAAUAAUGAGUGUGCUGAGCUCAAGAAUCACCCCUUCUUCAAAGAGAUAAACUGGGGCCGUCUGGAAGCAGGCAUGCUACCACCACCAUUUGUCCCUGAUCCUAAGAUGGUCUAUGCCAAAGAUAUUGACGAUGUGGGCGUCUUCAGCUCAAUCAAAGGUGUGGUCAUAGAUAACAAGGACACUGAGUUCUUCAAUGAGUUUUCUACUGGCAACGUCCCAAUCCCAUGGCAGGAGGAGAUGAUCGAGACCGGUGUGUUUGGAGAGCUGAACAUCUGGGGAGAGAACGGCAAACUACCCGGUGACCUCGACCCGAACUUUGUGGAAGCCAAAGGUGGAGGAUGUGUACUCCUUUGAGUUGAGGCAGCUGAUAGAAAACGAGCAGAGAGAUGGAGGAAGGUAGAAAUUUAAGUGAAGAAUAUCUAUUGAAAUUAAACACAUCUAGAUUUGGUAUUUGCUCUUUUGGUGCCACUUGCUCAUAAUCUGUAAUUUGUACAAUAAUCUGUUGUUGUACUGAAUAAAUUUGUCUAUUUACAUAUAUAAAUAUAUAAAUAUAUAAAUACAGAAUAAUAUGUACCUAUAUUGUAAUGGUUAUGCAGUAAUAUUGUUGAAGUGUCAGCAUAAUAUAUCAUCAAUAUAUCACAAGAUAUUAUGUAACAGAAAAUGUAAAUAUGGUUGCACUAAUAAUAAUGGCCGCUGUCAUCUUUGCAUAUGUCAAUAUUUUUGUUUAGUAAUUAUAUAAAAAUUGAAUAAAAAUUAUUUUGUAUAGAAAAAAGAUGCAAUAUUUAUAUAAUAUAUAUUAUUUGGACUAAAGACAACUGUGUUGAUAUAAUGUUAU